UCUCUCGCUGCAGACGGAGCUGCAGGUCUUGUCUUCCCUAAUCUAUGUCCUCUGCUCCUAGAGGCCCAGCCUCUGUGGCCCUGUGACCUGCAGGUAUUGGGAGAUCCCCAGCUAAGACGCCAGGUCCCCCCUGGAAGCCUAGAAAUGGGACCACUGACAUUUAGGGAUGUGACUGUAGAAUUCUCUCUGGAGGAGUGGCAAUGCCUGGACAUUGCACAGCAGAAUUUAUAUAGGGAUGUGAUGUUAGAGAACUACAGAAACCUGGUCUUCCUGGGUAUUGCUGUCUCUAAGCCAGACCUAGUCACCUGUCUGGAGCAAGGAAAAGAGCCCUGGAAUAUGAAGAGACAUGAGAUGGUGGCCAAAGCCCCAGGUAAAGAGAACUGGCCAUAAACUGUGGCCCAGGAAGCUGGAACUGAAACUUUGAACUGCUAAAGGCACCACAUUAAAAGCCAGGGUCUGCAGGCCUGGGGCCCCCAUGGCUAUAAACGGGUGUCUUCCUCCAGGCCUGUGAAAGUAAAGAAUCUCUCCCAGACUGUGGCUGAAAGGAUUUUGAAGUAAUUAGAGUAAAUUCGAAUUCUCAGUGGGACCAAGGUGGGUUGGCCAUUUCCUGUACUGUAGCCAAGACCAGGGAUCCUGUAGUUUGCCACUGGAAUGACAGCCUACCUUCUGAAGAGAACACUCUUCAAUCUUUGGCUUAGCAGAAUUUCAAAACUUCAUCCCUGGACCUUAAAGAUCUCUUAAAGGCACUUAUUUUGGAGAUAGGGUCUUGCUACAUAACCCAGACUGGUUUUGAAAUCCUACCCUGAAGCAAUUCUCCAACCUUAACAUAACAUGUAGCUGUUAUUACAGGUUCAAGCCAUGAGGACUGGUUCUCUCAUAAAGGUAUUUUUGUCAGGGAUGGCCAACAAAUUUUCUUGCUGUGGUGGAAUAGACAAAUAGGACACCUUUUAUUUUUCCAUCUUACUAAUGUCACCCUUUCUACAAGUUUUUAAUUUCUAUUUUCUGUUUCAAAUUUGCCUGUAAUUUUAGAUUCAGACAUUAGGAACAAUAAAGUAGAAUUUACAUGUUAUGUUUGAAGUAAAUUAGAUAAUUAGUAGGCACUCCAUAUUUACUAAUAUAGUUACUUAUAAAUUUAAGUUUGCUGCAGGCAAACAGGAAUUAUAAGCUUUUCACCCACUUUCUCUAGCCUAUAUCUAAAUAAUAACAAUUUAUGUCUAAAUAUUUGUUUUAUA